AAUAUUAUUAUCUAUUUGUCAAGGUGAAGAUAAACUUUUAAAAGAUGUUUUCCGUAAAAUUGUUAGCCGCUCAUUUCUUCAUCUGUAGUUUAAAGAAAGGAGUUUUCUCGGGUUCAGAAACACCUAGGAAACUUCAGUUCGUACGCUUUCUUGUGACGGUGAAUGACACAUGGGCGGACCCUCCAGGAUGUAUUUCGACAAUUGCCACACCUGUGGUCCCUGUAAACAAAUCUGAGAACCUUCAGGUUGGCGAAUGUGAUCACGGACCAAUCGAGUAUACAUUUUACACACCGGGGAAGAAUUAUAAUAAAUAUACUGUUUCAUUAAUCUUCCACUCCUCAGUCAUAGAAGAUGCUAGUCCACCAACCUGUGACCUGUCGUGGAACGGUACAUAUCUCGUCCCGAAAUCCCCGGUAAAAGAGAAUCCAGAUCUCCUGCCAUCUUGCUUUGUCCAGGACUCGCGUGAAGGCUACCAUAUGACGUCAUACUGGUUCCAUUUACUUGACUGGAGUUUUGAAUAAAAAUGAUAGAACAUUGA